GAAAAUGGCACGAGCACGAGGACCCCAUAGGGUUCUCUAACCAGAAGCACAUUUCAGACAUGGGUGGUGCUUGAAAAUCUCAUCAAAAUCAUUCCAUCACAUUUCAUGUCUGCAGCUAAUUGCAACAACACUGCACAUGGAGCACUCAUGGCAUUGUCCCCAGGGCCCAGCCCAACGCUCUCGCUGAUAGCUACACGCAACCUACACACAUAUGCACUACCCUGAUCCCUCUCUUCCUUCUACUAUAAAUCCAUGGCCUGCUCAGCACAAACUUCAUCUCAUCUGUAAACAACAUCACACUCUACAACACACUUUCAGACUUUCGGAGCCAGCCAGGAACACAUCAGACUCUACCAUGAUCCAUCCAAAGAAGCUUGCUCAGCUGGCCAAGAAGUGCCAGCGGAUGUUGGCAGCCGGGACCGAUGCUCGCCACCGGCAGCAUGCCUCAGACAUGGUCGACGAUGAUCGCUGCAGCACAGCGUCAUCUGUGGUUGCCAAUGAGGGCCAUUGCAUGGUGUACAGCACCGACGGAACACGGUUUGAGGUCCCUCUGGCGUACCUUGGGACAACGGUCUUCUCUGAGCUCCUGAGGAUGUCUGAGGAGGAGUUUGGGUUCGCAAGCGGCAGCGAUGGAGGCAGGAUCACGCUGCCCUGUGACACCACGGUGAUGGAGUACGUCUUGUGCCUUAUCAGGAGAGAGGCCUCUGAGGAGGUUGAGAGGGCAUUCUUGAGCUCUAUUGCUGAGCAUUGCCACAACUACAGUGCUAGUUGUGUGGCGCCAUCGAUGGGACUCAGCCAUCAAUUUGCUCUUUGUACUUAGCUACUAGCUUAUCUGGUGAUUUUUUUUGUUAGAACCUGAAGAUCUCUGUACAGUCUGAUGUAAGAUCCUACUAUCAUGAGAAAUGAUAAAAAAUAUUAUAUUUUACUGAGAGAAAUUUGGCUAUUUGACGCAUACUUU